AUGCCACCGGUAGCCGCAGAACAACAGAAAUUCACCGGUCACAUUGGUUCGCUUAGUCCACAACAAGAAGAGAUUCUGGAAAAGUUUCGUGAGGAGCUCAAGGCCGAAGGUGUCUUCGUUGAAAAACGUCACGACGAUGCUUGUCUCCUGCGAUUCUUGCGUGCUCGAAAGUUUGACCUUGUGAAAGCAAAGAAAAUGAUUAUUGACUCUGAAAACUGGCGAAAAGAGUUUGGCGUUGAUGAAUUAGUAAGAGAUUUCGAGUAUACUGAGCGUGAUGAAGUGAUGAAAUAUUAUGCUCGUUAUUAUCAUAAAACAGACAAAGAAGGUCGUCCGAUCUAUAUUGAGGAAAUUGGUAAAGUGGAUAUUAAAGCACUCUAUAAGAUCACCACGUUAGAACGCCAAAUUCAAAAUCUAGUGGUAGAAUAUGAAAAAUUAGCGGAUAUUCGAGUACCUGCGUGCUCGGUCAAAGCAGGAAAAUUAAUUGAAACCUCGUGCACCAUUCUUGAUCUUAAGGGUGUUUCGAUUCGAUCCUUCUCAAAUGUCUUUGGUUUCGUCAAACAAGCCUCCAAUAUUGGUCAGAAUUAUUAUCCGGAACGUAUGGGUAAAUUCUACAUCAUCAAUGCACCCAUGUUGUUCUCUUCGGUUUGGAAUUUAGUGAAACCAAUGUUGGAUGAAGUUACCGCAGCUAAAAUCGUCAUUAUUAAUAAUAAAUAUCAGAGUACAUUAUUGGAGGCUAUAGAUGCCGAAAAUUUACCGGAAAAAUUCGGAGGUACUUGUAAAUGCGUCGGUGGUUGUGAACUUAGUGAUGACGGUCCAUGGCAGGAAUCAGAGUAUACGAAUGGGGUUAGUCAUAAUCACGCGAAUGAAUAG